AUACACUCUCUCUCUCAGGGGGGGAAAGAGGGAAAAAGGAAAGAAAAAUGCGAGUCGGAUCAUGAGUCGAGCUCCUCUCUGUUCAUUUUUGACACACUUCAUCCACUGGAAACUCCGGGUUAUCCCUCGACGUUAUGGGCGUACCUACGUUUUUCUGCAUCACAGAGGAGUAAGGUGUGGGACGGGGUCACAGCUCCAUAAAUACUUGGUGUGGCAGAGGUUUUGGAAUGACCCUGGAGGAGUAAAUACUGCUGGAGGAAGCUCGCGCACAGGAGAGGAGCGGCGACUUUGCUGCAAGCUGAUACCUCAUUUAUAUUAGGGCUGACUGGUAAAAGAAAAAAGAAAAGAAAAGCCUCCUCAGUAGCACCGUGAAAGUUGUGGUGCCUCUGUCUAAUAUGGAAAGUAUAUGAUUCCGUAUUGACAGGGAUAUAAAUUAUUUUAUUUUUCUCACAGAGUGCGAUGUAGUUCAACUUCACAUCCCAAAGUGAACUAUUUGUUAAGAUGACAGCGCUUACACCUCUGAGCAGUGCUGUACUUGGACUCGCGUGGAGCUGCUUGAGUUUUCUGUCCUGCGCUCAUUGCGGGUUAAGUGACAACCAUGUGCACUCCAGUUUUAUUUACAGGAGGUUGCGCAAUCACGAACGCAGGGAGAUCCAGAGAGAGAUCCUCUCCAUCCUGGGCUUGCCUCACCGUCCGAGGCCCUUUUCUCCCGGGAAGCAGGCGUCCUCCGCGCCGCUGUUCAUGCUCGACCUGUACAACGCCAUGGCCGUGGAGGAGGAGGAGGAGGGGGUGCAGCAGGGCGCAGGGAAGAGCUUCAGUGCCAAGGCUCAAGGGCACUCCAGGAAAGGUUACUACAGCCCCCAGCAUGCCGGGUACUCCGGUGUGGCACAGCCUUACCGAGCGGCCCCUCUGUUAGGCCACAGCCCCGCACUCACCACAGCGCACGACACCAACUUUCUCAAUGAUGCCGACAUGGUUAUGAGUUUUGUCAAUUUAGUGGAGAAAGAUAAAGAUUUUUCUCACCAACGACGACACUACAAGGAGUUCCGUUUUGAUCUGACUCAGAUCCCAGACGGAGAGGCCGUGACUGCGGCAGAGUUUCGGAUCUAUAAGGACCGCAGUCAUACUCGCUACGACAAUGUUACUCUGAAGGUUACCAUAUAUCAAGUCAUCAAGGAAUAUCAAAACAAAGAUGCAGAGACGUUCCUGCUCGACUCCAAAAAGGUCCAGGCGUCCGAUGGUGGCUGGCUGGUGUUUGACAUCACGGCCACCAGUAACCACUGGUUGAUGAACCCGCAGCAGAACUUGGGCUUGCAGCUCUGUGUGGAGACUGCAGAUGGCCGAAGUAUCAACAUAAAAUCUGCUGGAAUCAUUGGGAGGAACGGGCCCCAGUCCAAACAGCCUUUCCUGGUUGCUUUCUUCAAGGCCAGUGGGGUGUUGCUUCGCUCUGUCAGAGCUGCUGGUGGGAAAAAAAAGAACCACAAUCGCAAUAAAUCUACUAAUCAACAAGAAUCAUCUAGGGCACCAAAAACUGGAGAUUACAACACAAGUGAACAGAAGCAAGCCUGCAAGAAGCACGAACUUUACGUCAGUUUUCGAGAUUUGGGCUGGCAGGAUUGGAUCAUUGCACCUGAGGGCUAUGCUGCUUUUUACUGUGAUGGUGAAUGCUCUUUUCCACUCAACGCACACAUGAAUGCAACAAAUCAUGCAAUUGUGCAAACCCUGGUCCAUUUAAUGUUUCCUGACAACGUGCCAAAGCCAUGCUGUGCCCCGACAAAGCUCAACGCAAUAUCGGUGCUUUACUUUGAUGACAGCUCAAACGUUAUCCUCAAGAAAUAUAGAAAUAUGGUAGUUAGAUCUUGUGGUUGCCAUUAGUGGCCGGGCUAACUUUAAUUUAUGCUAUCUGGUAUGGGAAUCGCUGGAAAACACAUCUGCUGCAGGUGUGAUGUGAUGUACAGUAUUAUGUAUAUAAAGUUGUAUUACCUAAUUUAUUUUCUUUUUUCUUUUUUUUUUAAUAGCACUGAAUAUUGUCAUAUUUAAAUAAUUAGGACAACAUGUUGAUUUUACUAUCAGUUAUCAGUUAACGUCUAAGUCCGUUGGCAUAUACUCCCUCUUAGUUACGUUUGUAUAACUUUUAUGAGUUAACUAUUCACUGGAGUCAUCAUGAUACAUGAGAUCACUUCCCCCUUUUCUUGCUUUUCCCUUUGUAUAAUACGCUUGUGCAACAGAUGCUCACUGAGAAAGAAAUAUACAUGGAUAUAAGUAUAUGAUGGGUUGUUCUUCAAUAAGGACCAACGCUUAUAAAUGACUGAUACAUACAGAAUAAUGUCCCAACAUGCAGCACCAAAGUUCAUCUGACAAACAAGGGAGACAGCAAGAUGUUGCUAUUAGCAUUUAUAUCACAACUGCAACAGGCCAAUGGAAAUAUCAUAAAUCAAAUUGGAUCACUGGGACAAAAACAUAGUUAGUGUUCUCUCUAAUGUAAACCAAACUGCCCAGAGCUAUUUCAAAGCUGCCACUGUCUUUCAGCACUGAUACUGUUUCACCUUUUCCAAGCCAGCUUUUUUUUUGUUUUUCAUACGAGUGUGUUCACAGAAGGGGAUUAUGUAAGUCUGGAAUCUCUUAUAGUGUUGAGCGUUCACUCAUGUCAUUUUUUAAAACAAUGUUUAUGUAAAUCUCUUCCAUAAACGCUGUAAUCUCAUCCCUCUGUGGACUGCAAACGUCUUUGCUCCACACUGAUUCUAUCUUGUGUUUUGGGGAAAGUAUAUCUUUAUGUAGAGUGUUGUGUAUUUUAAUAAAUGUACCACUUGAGAACUUU